AUGGCCUUGACACUCCCGUUGGAACUGCAACAGCAGAUAUUCUCGUACCUGGAUCCGUGGUCUUUCUACGCGUCGCGCAACGUGUGCCGAUACUGGAAGUAUGCGUCCAGAGACGCCGUCACACUCGCCAAGCAGCUGGGACAAUUGCCCAUCGAGCCAACGACAUGGGCCAAGAAGGCGGAUUCCAAGCGAAGAGAAUCGGUGUACGACGAGGCGGCGAGAGCGUUGAUGCUAGGCAUGCGCGUCAAGGCUUCCAGCUCAUCAGACAGCAGCCUUUCCAGCAGGCUGGACAAGAGCAAGCUCGCGCGGUCAAAGGACGGCAAGCGCGCAGUCUCCCUACACGAUCGCACCAUUACACACUACGACAUGAGUAGCUCGGAGCCCUCGAUCAUCUCUACUCGCCCCAUCAACGAUCUGCGCACCGCUAUUGGAGGAGGCCCAUGGUUCAAGUGCUCACCGACGUCCAUGUACGAGCUGGCUCUCUCUUCCGACGGGCGCAUGCUGGCCAUCGCCCUCGAACGCACCAUCCAGAUCUACGACCUCUCCACAGCCGCCGAUUCUUGGCCUGUAGCCUCAUACAUCACGUCAGCCACCGGGCACUACAUUGCGGCUCUCGACUUCGAACACAACGACAGCUUGCUACGCGUGCAGCUGAGCAACAAGGGCGUUGUUGUCUACCUUGGCUCGCCUCAGGAGGGCAAGCCGGGCUUGGAACACUGGCAAGACAAGGGUGGCCUGAAGCACGCCUUCCUCGACGCCAGCAAGCUCGCCCUGCCGCAAUCAGAAGCCACCGACAGCGCUCCUGCUGUAUCACAACGUCUGGCCGGCGUCCAGCUCUUGCGUCCCUUUGCGCAUGGCUGGCUUGUCGCUGCCCAGAAGCAUGCGACAAACGUCCAGUCUGGCUCAUACUGCUUGGCCCAUGUUCCCUUCGCUCACAUCCACGGACACGUCCUGACCGCUGAGCGCGCUGUCACCAUUCUUGAGCAUCUCCCUGUUCAUCUCUCCGACCACAUUCAGCACCUCUGGCACGACCUGCCUGCCGCCCACGUUAACCAUCCUCGUUUCGCCCUCUCGCCCAACAACUCUCUGCUCGCCAUGUCAGAAAACGACUCCUCAAACACCGCAUCCCCCCACUCGAACCGCGUCUUCCUCUACCGACUGCCAUCCGCCGAGAAGAUGAUGCACUCUCUCAAGCCACAACACCCCCUGCUCAAGAGCUUCGAGUCGGAACAAGACUUCAAAUACCAAAUCAAGCGCCUCCCCGCUAGCCUCGGCUCCAUUUCUGGCAAACUCCUCGACUUUACCUUGGAGUCCGUCCAUGACGGCGCUGCCUCACCCCUUGCAGUCACUGCAGUCACCGAUACUGCCGCCAUGAGCUGGACCUUGCUGGACAACUAA